AUGGGAUACCGAGUCGUAGGCCCUCUUUUUCCAGGAACUGUCAUUCAUCCAACCGCUGUAAUACGAGCCAGCAGUGGACCGAUUAUUAUUGGUGAAAAUAAUAAUAUUGAAGAAACCGCUGUUAUUGAAAAUCUAAGUGAAAGCGGUGAAACGCUCACAAUUGGACGCGAUAAUGUCUUCGAAAUUGGAUGCGUUGUGCAUGCAAUGAAAAUUGGCGACAACAAUGUAUUUGGAAUACGUAGUCACGUUGGUCAACACACAAUAGUGACGCGUGGUUGCUCAAUUGGCACCAACUGUAAAGCGUUGUUGAGGGAGGAAUUGCCCGAGAAUACGGUGAUCUAUGGGAAAGAAAACAGACGUAGAACAGCGCUCGAUCCACCACAGCUGCAAACAAGCCAGUUGGAACACCUCAGAAAAGCAUUCGUACGAUUCCACUAUUUGAUCAAAUCUUCAUAA